GAAUCUAAUUAGCGUUGAUAUCAAACUCCAGAUUUACGGAAUAAUUCCCCAACUUCGGCCUACUCCAGUCCCCAGAUCAACUAGCCCUGGCCGCCCAUGGGGUAAGAAAACUAGGGCCUACGCAAGCUAGAGCCAUUGCUAUCUAGUCCAGCCAGGGUCACCUCGGCCAAGUGACGCCCAAAGCCUUUCGACCAAGCAAUCUCGCGAUUCUAUUUGGUGGAAGAAUACGGAAUUUACCCAGCCUGCAUUUUCCACCCAUCACAGUCCCCGGGACAUGGAUCUCGAGAACCACCAGAGGGGAUUCCAACCCCCAGAUCUCUCGCAUCCCGGUACCCCCAAACAACGUGGUAUCGCGGUGAGGCGAGAAAUCUGCUAUCGGCAGCUCACCCGCAGCAUGCAUGCCUUUAAAGGUAGGGUGUCGCCGCUCAUCUUACGACCUUCCUGGUCUUUUUCUUUCUCGUGUAUCGCUGAAUAAUACUCGGACGACGGUACCGCGCUCGUUUUUUUUAAGACGGAGACAGAGAAUUGAAGGCACCGCGAGACGUCAGAUAUUGGGAAAAGAGGCUUGGGAUCGUUCCCGCUAAUCGAUAAUCAUGUCGUCCAUAUUAAGAUAUAUCGUCAAAAAUGACGCGAUGAAAACAGAUCCGAAGGAAAUCUACGGAUGGAGGGUUUACCUUUUGGCUUGCUCGGCUUGUUUCGGCGCCAUGUCUUUCGGAUGGGAUAGCGGUGUGAUUGGCGGUGUUAUCAACCUCGACUCAUUCAUCCAAGCCUAUGGUUUAGGAAGCAAAGACGACGUCGCGACAGCUAAUCUCCAAGGAAAUAUCGUCUCCGUUCUGCAAGCUGGAUGUUUUGUCGGCUCUCUCGCGGCUUACCCCUUAACCGACGCUUUUGGUCGCAGGCCUUGCCUGAUGGUUGCCGCUCUCUUCACUCUAGCUGGUGUGGCCAUGCAGGCUGCUGCGUCUGGUCAUCUUGAGCCCAUGUAUAUUGGUCGAUUCGUCUCUGGUCUUGGCGUUGGCGCAUCUAGUGUCAUCAACCCUAUCUACGUCACCGAAAACGCGCCUCGCGCCAUCCGUGGUCUUCUUACCGGCAUGUAUCAAAUGUUCAUCGUCACCGGUGGCAUGAUAGCCUUCUGGGGCAACUACGCCGUCAGCGUGCACUUGCGCGGCCCGAAGCAAUACAUCGUGCCCCUAUCCAUCCAAGGUCUCCCCGCGCUCCUUCUCUUCUGCCUAAUGGCCCUUUGCAACGAAUCUCCCCGCUACCUCGCCCGCAAGGACAAGUGGGAGGAAGCCAAGGCCGUGCUCGUGCGCAUCCGAAACCUCGGCCCCGACCACCCGUACGUGCAAGACGAGUUCCAGGAGAUCGUCGACCAGCUCGACUACGAGCGCCGCCUCGUCGGCGACGCCAGCUUCUGGUCCCUACAGAAGGAGAUGUGGACUGUCGCUACUAACCGCAAGCGCGCCAUUCUCAGUAUUCUGCUUAUGGUCUGCCAGCAGAUGACCGGCACCAACGCCAUCAACGUGUACGCCCCGCAGAUCUUCAAGAACCUCGGCAUCACGGGUACCUCGAACUCGCUCCUCAGCACCGGUGUUUACGGCAUCGUCAAGGUCGUCUCCUGCGGUCUCUUCUUGCUGUUCAUGGCUGACUCCCUUGGUCGUCGUAAAUCUCUGCUCGUCUCGUCUGUCGGCCAGGCUUUUUGCAUGUUCUACAUCGGCCUAUACGUGCGCAUCUCGCCUCCCCAGGAUGGCCAGCCUGUGCCUGGUGCCGGAUACUUCGCUCUCGUCUGUAUCUUCAUCUUCGCUGCUUUCUUCCAGUUUGGUUGGGGUCCCGCAUGUUGGAUCCUAGUCUCCGAGAUCCCGGCCGCGCGUCUACGACCUAUGAAUGUCGCGCUUAGCGCUGCUACGCAGUGGCUGUUCAACUUCGUCGUCGCGCGCGCUGUGCCGAAUAUGUUGGCUACCGUCGGAGCGCACGGGUACGGUACUUACCUCAUCUUCGGCAGCUUCUGCGUGAGCAUGUUCUUCUUUGUCUGGUUCUUCAUUCCUGAGACUAAAGGUAUUUCCCUCGAGCAUAUGGACCAGCUUUUCGGUGUUGCGGAACAACACAAGCUGGAGGUCACCGAGGGCUCGAAGCAUGAUGUGUCUAAGAUCGAGAUCGAGGAGCAUUCUAACCGGUCGGACAAUAGGAGCGUGUAAAAAGGAUAGUAAUGAAGGAUAUGAAAACUAAAAUACCCCGCUGCUCUUGUAUGAGUUUCUUGUAGGUUUAGAUAAUUAGCUGAGAAUUUGUGAGAUUCUGCAAUAUUUCAAGCACUUUCGGAA